GCUUGAGUGUCUACCAUACGGUAUAUAAUUUCAGGCUAUAAAUAGAGGAGUAGUAGAAGGUAUCAUAUUCAUCACUCACAAGCAUAUAGUACUAGUCAUAUACGGAGUACUCCUACAUUACAAUCAAAUUAAAGUUUCUAAAUAUUAUCUCUCUAGGCUACAUAAUACAAGAUGUCGUCAAGACCAGAGAUCAGUGAGGAGCAGAGGGUGAUUUUAGAUAAGUUGAAGGCAGAGUUGCCGGAAGCUGUGAUGCCUGUGACAGCCUCAGGCUUAUUGGGCGAUGAUAAAAAGGGAAAAUCAACCCAAGUGUAUGUAAGAGCCAGUAUGCUGAAUAAUGGCGUGGCAACGAUGAAUUAUCGUGACCACAAACUUUGGUCUGGUUCCAUUAUUGGCAGCUACCCUGAUGAUAUUGAAAUGAAUGGUGCGCGUUCGACUACUCACCAAGGUGUUCCACCAAAAGAUACAGAGGGUUCCAUGGGGGCGAUAGUGUUUGUUGGCCCUAACGUACAAGAUGGUGCAGAUGAUUGCGCAUGGGUCUUGGCAUGGAGCGUCCUUGGUGAUGGCACCACUGAAAACAAGAUUUACGUGGAAACUGGUCCUAGUUCCAAGUAUAUUAAAGGUAAAAUUAAUUGGGGUGUCAUCAAAACCAGUCUGGAACACUCAAAAGACGUGAGUUCUUGCCCUGCCAAUCAUGGUGCUGAGGCAUCUGCUUCAAUUGAUAGUGGUGAUUCUCCCGCGGCUGCUGCAACCUUCGUUGUCAAUAAUGUUAAGUAGCAGUACCAACAUUAAGUAUGAUCUUCAUCAAGACAAAGGGUCGGCGAUUAAUGGAGUAAUAUUUAUAUAUAUCAAAUAAAUUACUCCUUAUAACCUUUUGUUUAUUGUGUGUGUUUGUGAUUUUUCUUUUUUUACUUUCAACUCGCAAUCGCAAGUGUGUUUAUUUCUAAGUUGUAACCCCCUUUCUACAAUUUAUUUACUUAUCUCUAUUCUAUAA